AUGGAUGUCGAUGAUCAUUCUGCAUCUUCCUCUUAUAUAUGUAAGCUAAUUAUGUCUGAAGUUAGAGCUGAACUUGAUCUAAAUGCAGGUCAGAUAUUUCAAAUGAUAUAUGAUAUGCGGGGCAUUAAGAUAUCUAAAUAUAAGACAUAUGAUGUAAGGAGGAAAGCGUUAUCUAAAAUAUUUGGAGAUUGGGAAAAAUCUUAUGAAUUACUUCCACAGUAUCUUGAAGCUAUCAAGCGAAAUAAUCCGGGUAUUGAAUAUGAAAUAUUGUCUGAAGAGAUUGCACCGGGGAUUGAGAGGUUCACUCGAGUAUUUUGGGCAUUUGGUCCUGCUAUUAAAGACUUCACUUUUUGUCGUCCGUUAUUGAGCAUUGACGGUACGCAUCUAUAUGGCAAGUACAAAGGUGUGCUUCUUGUGGCGACCGGUGUAGAUGCAAAUGACGGUUUAUUUCCUCUAGCAUUUGCAGUUGUGGAGGUAGAGGAUAUUUCUAGUUGGAAGUGGUUCUUUGAACUUAUAUACAAAUGGAUUCCUAGUGUCCGUGCGCCCAGAUUAAUUACUUUCAUCUCGGAUAGGAUGAAAGGAAUUAUAAGGGCAUUACAUGAGGGUUUUGAUGCACCACAUCACCAUUGA